AUGGCCGACGACGACCUGAAAGAGUACGUGCCGCUCUUGCAAGGCGCGCACGUUGCCACGGCCGAAACGCGCCCUUGCGCCGAGUGCAAGCAAGCGUGGCAUCCGAUCGAGGCUGCGUGCGCUGCGUGCGGCCACGACGCGUCGCUUGACGACAAGGUCACGUGCAUGAUGCACCGGUUCGUGACGUUGCACCACCGCGGCGUGCGGAUCGACUGGACGCGCACCUGUGAGCCGUGCCGUCGCACCUUGUUUGUGCUCGAGACGUGUCCGGGCUGCCAGCGCGCGUCGCCCGCAAGCAAGGACGAGCUCAAGAUGCUGCUCAAGCGGCUCGGGAUGGCAGCGACAAAGCCUACCACAAAGACGCCGGAGCUCCGUCAUAUCGUGGCUUGGUUCCGCCGUAGAAACGCAGCGCGAAAGCUCGCGGCCGCGGCCGAGCUCGACAAGUGCAACACCGAGUACGGCCACAUGAAGGCUCUUAUCGCCGCGAUCCAAGACGACAACUUGACGAGACUAGAGCAGUUGCUGGCCGAGCCCACGACGCCGACUCGACACGAUUGCCAUGGCGACUCGCUCGUGCACCACGCCGUCAAGCAAAACAACCUCGCCAUGCUGCAGGUGUUGCUGGCGGCGCCCGGUAUCCCGAUCGACCACAAAAACAACGCGUGGGAAACGCCAUUGGCUGUCGCCGUCGCCUCGGGGGCGGCCGACCUCGUGCGCGUCCUCUACGCGGCCAUGCAUCCACCCACCGGCGAUGCGGCAAUGACGGUGGCCUCGGCGUACGUGUGCACGGAGCCCCCGUCGGUGCAAAGCUACAUCCUCCGCUACAAGCUCGACGUGCAAGUGCCGGGAUCGCGCCUCCAGACGUGGCCGACCAAGCUCCAGCUUGCGUUCGUAGCCGCCAAUGCGCUCGCGGACCUCCACGCAGCAGGUGUCGCCCACGGGGCGUUCUCAAGCUACAGCAUGUACGCCGAUCCGUACGCUGGCGCGAUCCAUGCCCUGUAUCCUGGCUACGUACCGCCAAACACAUCGUUGGCGCCGUGGACGGCGCCGGAAGUACGCAUUGCGCAGCUGCCGGCGUCGUCGGCCUCCGACAUGUAUGCACUCGGCGUUCUCUUCACGGAGCUCGACACUCUCCUCAUGCCGACGGUGCGGCUCGGACGCCUUCGCGACGACUGCGAGAGCUGGUACGCCGACCUUGUGGCUCGCUGCACUACGGACGAACCGACACUGCGGUUGACCGCCGCCGACGUCGUGGCUCGCCUGCAACCAUAUGUCGACGCAGCCACCAAGCAAGACAAGGUGCUCUGCCGUGAAGCGUAUACGCGGCUCAAGCUUCUUGACUAG